AUGGCUUUUAUGGGUGUGGAUACCAGAUGCCUGGGUCUGUUACUUCUUUGUGCAAUAAUUGAACCUUCUUUGGAAAUAAAAGUUAAUCCUCCUCAGGAUUUUGAAAUAGUGGAUCCCGGAUUACUAGGUUAUCUCUAUUUGCAAUGGAAACCUCCCGUGGUUGUGGAAAACUUUAAGGAAUGCACACUAGAAUAUGAGUUAAAAUACCGAAAUGGUGAUAGUGACAAAUGGAAGACUAUCAUUACUAGGAAUCUAAUUCACAAGGAUGGGUUUGAUCUUAACAAAGACAUCGAAGGAAAGAUACGUACGCAUUUAUCAGAGCAGUGUACAAAUGUAUCAGAAGUUCAAAGUUCAUGGAUGGAAGCUUCUUAUCGGACAACAGAUGCAGGAAGUCUGGAAACUAAAAUUCAGGAUAUGAAGUGUAUAUAUUAUAACUGGCAGUAUUUGGUUUGCUCUUGGAAGCCUGGAAAAGUAACACAUUCUGAUGCCAACUAUACUAUGUUUUUCUGGUACGAGGGCUUGGAUCAAGCCUUGCAGUGUACCAAUUACCUUCGGGAUAAUGAAAAAAACGUUGGGUGCAAGCUUUCCGACUUGGAGUCAUCAGACUAUAAAGACUUCUUUAUCUGUGUUAAUGGAUCCUCAAAAACAGAACCUAUCGGAUCCAGCUAUACCGUUUUUCAACUUCAAAAUAUAGUUAAACCCUUGCCACCAGAAUUCCUUCACAUUGGCAUGGAGGAUUCCGUUGAGAUUAGAAUGAAAUGGAGCACACCUGAAGGACCCAUUCCACCAAGGUGUUACACUUACGAGGUUGUGGUCCGAGAAGACGAUAUUUCCUGGGAGUCUGCCACAGAUAAAAAUGACAUGAAGUUGAAAAAAAGAGCAAAUGAUAGUGAAGAGCUGUGCUUUUUUGUAAGAAGUAAAGUCAAUAUAUACUGUGCAGAUGACGGAAUUUGGAGUGAAUGGAGUGAAGAGGAAUGCUGGGAAGGCUACAUGGGACCAGACUCAAAGAUUGUUUUCUUAGUGCCAAUUUGUCUCUUCUUUGUAUUUCUUUUAUUACUUCUCUGCUUGAUUGUGGAGAAGGAAGAACCCGAACCAACAUUGAGCUUCCAUAUGGAGCUGAACAAGGAAGUUUAUUCUUAUGAAGAGACCCUCUGUUAA